AUGGCAGCAUCUGCAGGUGCUGCGGGGUCGACCACAGUACCGUCAGUAGCAGUCGCGACAGUUGUGGCCGUCCCGACCGUUGCAUCAGCGGCACCGCAAACCGAAAACAGUCCACAGUCUACCAGCUCGGCGCUGGCUUCCGCUUCUGUCCCGACGAAUGCCAACAGCCCUGGCCAGAAGGGGCCUCUGCCGGCGCCCACCACGUCGACAAACGCAAACGGCCUGCGACAUGACCGCUCCAUGGAUUUUGACGAGCCGGCCGGGGUCGCACAAAGCACAAAUACCAAUGUAAGCGACGCGUCGGAUCAGCCACGGCGCAAACGGAGGCGGUCCCAUCUGGGCUCCUCCUCGUCUGCCGCUGCCGUGCCCCAUCUCUCGCGCCUCAUCCAGGGCGGCCGUGGCAGCCUCUUUUACAUUGGCGACUCGGCAAACUUGAGCUUUCUGCAAAUCAUCCGGCGGUUGACUCGCGAGUCGAUAGGCUCUUGCAAGUUCACCGAUGACCCUUUCCAGCAUCUUAUUGUCGAGGCCGCACCAUCCACCAGCAACAACUGGGUCUUGGAUGCCAUUCAGGGCCCUCCCAGCAUACCUUACGUCGAGAAGGCCUCGUCCUUGCUGACUUGGUUUUUGCGCGCUACAAACUGCAUUUUGGGCAUGUACGACGAGGCCGAGCUCAGAGAGAACAUGCUCUGGUGGCUGCAGCAACAGUCACCCAAAGAGUCGUCUCCUGGCAGCGGCCGUGACAGUCUCACGUCUGCCGACAGCGCGGCACAGGAAGCGAUCUUCUUUCUCAUUUUUGCGAUCGGCGCCCAGGCGAGUCCCGAAGACGACGACGAGUUGGCCGAAAAGUAUUUCAAUUACGGCCGCUACCUCACAGUCUGCGGUGCCACUGUCGAGCCUAGUCUCUCUACAAUCCAGGCCUACAUCUUACUUUCCAUGUAUCUGCUUGCAGCGUCCCGCAGAAAUGCGUCCUUCAUGUACCUAGGAAUGGCCGUUCGCGCUGCUUAUGCCCUCGGCAUUCACCGGAGCGACAUCAAUGCGGCCUUCGACCCGAAUGAGUACGCGCCGCGUGAACGGCUGUGGAAGGUCCUGCGGACACUCGAUCUGUUCUUGAGCACAUCUCUUGGACGCCCACCGUCGACAACAGAAACACGCAACACCAAGGCAGAAGACAACUACUCAGCAGCAAACGACCUAUGCUCCAUCUUCGAAGCAAUAUUAACCCAGGUGUACUCUACACGUACGGUCUCGACCUCGACUAUAGAAAGGAUCAGCGAACAACACAGGCUGUGGACAACGCGAUUUGCUUCUGGCCUCGCUACAGAUGGAAUCCAGCCGGAAGAGUUUUUGGAUCUGGAUGGCGACGGCACCAAGACACCAAACAUCGGCCUCUUCCACCUAAGGAAGCCUAUUACUGGACCAUUAUGCUUCUAUCGCGGCCGUUUCUAA